CUCGAUUCUUCCAACACACUCAUCACCGAGCUCAAAAAUUGGACACCAAAGUGAAGAUGAAAGGGAUCCAGGUUGAAAAAGUGGGUGGGUCGUACGACUACGUGGAAGAGAUCGUCAAGCCUUCCCCGGAGAAGAAUCAAAUCCUGGUCAAGUCUCUGGUGACUGCCAUCAAUCCGGUAGAACCCUUCAUGCAAGGCACAGGAAUGCUAGUCCUCUCGUGGCCCAUUGUCCUGGGAUGCGAUGCUUCUGGGGUAGUCGCUGAGGUCGGCGAGGGAGUAAGCAAGUUCAAGAUUGGGGAUAAGGUGUUUGGGUGUACCAGACUUGGCCAUGCUGGGUACGGUACUUUUCAGGAAUUCUUCCUCAUGGAUGAGAAUCUUGCGUUCAAGAAUGAGGGGAACUUAAGUUUGGAGGAGGCUGCCACAGUUGGUGUCGGGGUUUUGACGGCUUGCCUUGGACUGAUUCGAGGGCUGAAGAUGUCUCUGGUACCAAAGAAAGUCGAUGAUAGUUCUGAGUGGGUAAUCAUUAUUGGCGCCGCUGGCGCAGUUGGGUCGUUUGCUGUGCAGAUUGCCCAUCUAUGUGGGUAUAAAGUGCUAGCAGCUUGUCCCCCAAGCGCUAUUAAGCUUGUAGAAUCCCUCGGCGCCGACGCAACAUAUAGCCAUCGCCUCCCGCCCGAAGACCAGCUCAAAGAAAUUGCUCUCAUCACAGGAGGCAAAUUUCUCCGAGUCUUUGAUGCAAGUGCUUUCGGUGCUGAGGUGGGCAUGGCUGCUUUAGCCAAGCAUGGAGAUCCAAACGCCAAGCCCAAGUAUUUUUCCACCACCAAUGAUUGGAUACCAAUCGAUCUAGUAGAAGGCAUCGAAAUCGAUCUAGUUACACUCGGAGCUAUUGGCAAGUCAGGAGACGAGCACCAGCGAGAAGUGACAGCUGAGAUUGCCGCUUUCAUUCCGCAGCUUGAAAAACUGCUAGGAAAUGGAAAGCUGAAGCCAAUAGAGUAUGAGGUCGUUGGUGCUGUGGGAUUUAAGGAGGUAUUGAAGGCAUUGGACGUCUACAACAAUAGGAAGGGAAGUACGAAGAAGAUUGUUGUUAGGGUGGCUGACGAAUAGGGAAGAAGGGAAAGGGGAGUUGAGAACAAGGGCUUGGCAGAGGCUGUGUUUAGCCUUGAUUAUUAAGACACGAGUCGAAUUGAGUCACAUUCAAUCAAUUACAGACAUUUAAGAAGUGC